AUGGAGGCUGCAAAACGCGGCGAUUUGGGCACGUUUCGGUGGAUCAUGGAGCACUUUUCAGGCUGCACGGUGUCGGAAGACGUCGCUAGUGAGGUGUGCCGCAGAGGACAUCGUGAUAUCCUCGAGUAUCUGUUGGAGUAUGAAAAGGGGGUACAAUGUCCAAGUAUCCAAUACGGACAUCGCCACGUAGUUCGUUCCCUGAGGGAGCCUACUGGUAUGCUUAUGGCUGCAGCGGCGGCGGGAGGUCACAACGAACUCGUCCUCUGGAUGUCUUCGAUUGACCGCUUUGAGCCAACGAACAAGUACGAAGUCCUGGUAGAGGUCGCGCGUCACGGGGAUUUGGAUCUACUCAAAAGGUUGUUGGAAAUGUGGCGACGACAGCAACCACGACCCCCUGGACUGGACUAUGCUGCGCAAGGAGGGAAUGUGGAAAUGAUGAAGUGGUUGAAGGACAAAUGCGGUAUUAUAGACAGUACUGGGAAGCGCGGGGCAUUGACGGAAGCGGCGAGAAAAGGUCACGUGGAAGUGGCGAGGUGGUUGGCUGAGAACUAUUUUUCGGAUCAAGAGAGGGAGGCUCUAACUCAAGCAGCAGGGAAUGGUCACUUAGCCAUGGUGGAAUGGCUGCUUGGAAACGCUCAUGCACGCACUACCGAAGCCUUUGCUAAGGCGGUCAAGAACGGUCACUUUGAGGUUGCUCAGUGCCUGCAUCGGCAUGGUCUUGCCAUGUUUACACCUCUAAUAAUGUACGAGACUGCCAAGAACGGAGACUUGGUGAUGAUCCAGUGGCUAAGGGAAGCGUUCGCACACAAGCCCAGACUUGACAUUUUCCAGACGGAUAGGAACAGAAGAUCGAUGAUGGAUGCAGCGGCCGAAAGGGGGCACCUCCACGUGAUGAAGUAUCUGCACGAGAUCGCUCGGUCGAGGAAGAACACGAAGACGGUCGUUGGCAAGCGCAAGCGGCAAUCGUCUACUCCAGAGCCGCAAUUUUCCAUCCCGGAAUGCACAGAAAACACGAUGGCGCUGGCAGUCGGUCACGGUCACGUUCAUGUGGUCGAAUGGAUUCAAGCGAACUACGAGUUGAAGCCCAACGUGAACUCCAUGGACAAAGCAGCAGAGCGCGGACACCUCGAAAUGCUCAAGUGGCUGGACCAGAACACCGACUGCAAGUGUACCAUCAGUGCAUUCAAUGUCGCCGCCAGACGAGGGCACUUCCGGGUUAUCCGGUGGCUGCAUUCAAACCAGCCGGAAUGCUGCAAGCUCAUGGCGAUGACGAUGGACCCCGCCGCGAGCGUGGGGAACCUUCGACUGGUCAAGUGGCUGCGCAAAAAUUGCAUUGAAGGGGGCACGUAUAGUGCCAUGACAGCAGCCGCCAGAGAAGGCCUUUGA